AUGAAACUUUUCGACGUUGGUUUGUUUGUGAUAUUGGUCGAUUCGGUUGCUUCCUUCUACAUUCUCGCUGCGCCAGGACGACUCUUCAGACUGCGUGAUAAUUCGAUAGAUUCAGGGCAUCGCGCAUUCUCCGAUCGGUCACCACGAGGAUUUCGUGGCUAUCCACAUUCUACAGAUGAUCCAUUAUGGCUUGCUGACCUCAACAAUCAAAAGAUCAAAAUUAAUGAAAUUAGAUUUGGAUUAUCCGUUGACGAACGAUCCUCAUCACCAGAAUAUUUUCAACUCAGCACUAAACGACCACAACUCAGCAGAUCAAGCAAGAGGCCACCAAGAUUUGCCAAAUCUUUAUUAUGGGAACGCGUGAAUUCCAUAUCCGCUUCAAUGCUCCUUAAGUCAUCAGCUGCCUUGUUUCUAGUGCUCAUUUGCUUGGAUCUUUCCAUGCAACUGAGUUUUUUCGAUGAGCCAUCAGAGGACGAAGAUGAAGUACGUCGGAAACGACAAAGCAAUUACUUUCCAUCGAUGCGAUACGAUAUACUGAGUCGUUUUCCGUUACCGUAUCAAUAUCCGCUGAGAGUAAACAAGCGAAGUCCUCGUGGAUUGCCACCGCCAUCUUGGAUACUGUUCGAUGAAAGCAAUCGUUUUGACCCACGUGAUGAUUUCGAUAUGGACGACGACAUCGAGAAGCGCUCCCGUGAGCCCUAUGCUUACCCCGUACCACAUUUCCACGAUAAAAAGAAGCGUUCACCCGGUGCAUGGAUGCCGACGGAGGAGAAGAAAAGUGUUUAA